ACCCAGAGAGACCCAGUUAGCAGUUUGGGCUGAGAAGUUAAUUACAGUCCAAAAAUAAAAAAUAAAAAAUAAAAAAAGGGUACGUUUCUAUUUCUUCUUCUUUUUAAUUAUAGUUCAUCCAUUUUGUAAUUUCCAUCUCCCUCCCUAUCAAAAUACCUCUCCAACUUCUCUCUUUUCUCUGAAAACCCUAAUCUCCAUGGGAGAAUCUGUCCCUCCUCGUCGCAUUUCCGUUCAUCAAGCUCUCGGCGGUGGCCUUGUUGCUGAUGUGCUGCUGUGGAAGAAAUGGAGUGGAGGAGUUUUACUGCUAACCUCUACAGCAGCCUCGUGGUUCCUAUUUGAGCGAGCUGGUUACAACCUCUUGUCCUUUGUGGCCAAUGUUCUACUGCUUCUUGUGGUCAUCCUCUUCCUAUGGGCCAAAUCUGCUUCCCUUCUCAACAGACCUUUGCCACCUCUCCCUGAUAUGGAAAUCUCAGAGGCCUCUGUCGUCAAGGCUGCCGAUGCACUGCAUGCUUGGAUUAAUCGUGUUCUGUCUAUUGCACGAGACAUUGCUAUUGGCAGAAAUUGGAAACUCUUUCUUCAGGUUGCUUUCUGCUUGUGGCUAGUAUCUUACAUCGGAAGCUUCUUCAACUUCCUCACUCUUGUCUACAUUGGGGUUGUUCUUAGUCUUUCAGUGCCAGUAGUGUAUGAUAAGUAUCAGGGCCACAUUGAUGAGAAGCUUCUUGUAGCAAAUAGAGUAAUACAAACACAGUACAGGAAAAUUGAUGAUAGCAUCUUAAAGAAAAUUCCAUUGAGAUCAAACAAGGAGAAGAAGGUGCAGUAGGGUAUCACGGAGCUCAGAAAAGUGUGAUGACAGCCUUAAAGAUGGUUUACAACGUAUGAAGUAGUACUUCGGUUAUCUUUUUGUUGGCAUGCUGCUAUACAUAUUGACAGCCAGACGGCAUGGUUGACAACAUUUGGGUGGAUCCGAUUAGUGUCUACAUUUGAGUUUCAGCGUUACACUGUUUUUGGCUCUGGAGCUUAUAAUCUUGUUAGGUUUUUGGUCAAUAGUUAUUGGAUUAUUGGAUCUUGGUGGUUGAUCUUUACGUGUUGUAUGGGGUGAAAGAGAGAGAAUUUCAUCAUUCUAAUCAUAUGGAUUGUUUUGGUUUGCAAUCUUUUAUAUGUCAUUAUUUGAGUUUGCCUAGAAA